AUGAGUAGUGAUUAUUCAUAUCACCCAGUUCCCGUGAAUGAACCCACAGACGACCAAACAGAACAUUUGGAUGGCGCAUUCAUAAAUGCACUCGCUCGUAAAGAUGAGGAUGAGCUUCUAAUAACAAAACCAAUUCCUUUGGACACAAUUGAACUUAACAAUCGAAUAACUAAACACCAAUCAUCAUUCGAUCGACUGUUCUGCAGGAGAUUCUUACGCAUACUCAGGAUACUCUUCUCACCUGUGAAUCCCAAUGGUAACUUGAUUCUAAUAUGGACACUGUUUAUCACAAUGAGUCUGUCAAAGGAGAUUGCGGUGUAUUACGCGGGGAUCAUCCCAAGUAAAUUUUACAAGGUUUUGGUGGGACAAGAUCUAGAAGGGUUCAAAAUGGUGACCAUCUUUUCGGUCGUUGUCGUUUUGGGAGCUGGUUUGGGCAUGAGCUUGAUGAAAUUAAUUGGAAGUUUCUUCUCUUUAUCGACGCGAAAGGUUCUGACCAAGCAUUUGCAAGAUCGAUAUAUUAAAUCAGACUCCUUUUAUCGACUUCUGGUCACUCGCGCGGACAUCGAUAAUCCUGAUCAACGUAUUACCCAAGAUGUUGACAGAUUUUCGGAGACCUUGAGGUCCGUCUGCGAAGAAAUAAUGGUGGCUCCGGUUCUCAUUGCCUAUUACACUUACCAAACGUGGAAUCUUGGAGGAUUCUUGGGACCUGCCAUGAUUUAUCUUUAUUUCCUUAUUGGUCUCGUGGCGAGCAAAUUUAUGAUCACACCCUUGGUGAAUUUAGUAUUUAUGAAAGAAUUUUACGAAGGGAAUUUCAGGUUUCUUCAUGUAAGAGCUUUUCAAUCUUCCGAGUCUAUUGUUCUCGGAUGGGCUGAGAAGGCGGAGAAGACGCGCUUGGACACAGUUUUCAAUAAACUUUUGGAAUAUACACGUCAAAUUAUUGAACGCGAGUUCGUUUUGCAAACAUUUACCUAUUCAUUUGCCUACUUUGGGUCCAUCGUGAGCUAUCUUGUGAUAGCUAUUCCCAUAUUCACCGGCGCGUAUGACAAUGUUGAGAAAGGAGAGCUAAGCAGUAUCAUCAGCAUGAAUGCCUUCUUCUCGAUGUAUCUAAUAAACAAAUUUACGAAUAUCAUUGAUCAAUCAGCUAAAAUCUCGGAUUUGGCUGGUUACACUUCACGUAUCGGUCAACUGUUGGAGGCACUCGACGACAUAAACAUGGAACUUGAGAAUGUAGACAUCGAUCACCCAUUUGAAGAGCAACAAAAUUCGGAGUUGUCGAUCCUUUUCGAUCAUGUAUCAUUUACCACACCGUCUGGAUACAAGCCACUAUUGUCUGACUUCAAAUUCCUUAUAGAACAAGAAAAGAAUGUGAUGAUUAUAGGACCUAAUGGAAGCGGAAAGUCAUCAAUACUACGAGUGAUGUGUGGAUUAUGGCCCGUAGUCAGAGGACGUGUUUUACGACCAAAUUUACAUUUUAGACAAAAGAUGUUAAUGUAUCUUCCGCAAACCCCAUACUUGGUGUUUGGUUCCUUAAGAGAUCAGAUAACCUACCCCAUGAUAAAUGAUGAGAAGAUUCAAUAUGCAACCGAUAAAGAAGUUGAAAAUUUAUUAGCGAAGGUGGGCUUGACACACUUAAAGAACAUUGUGAGCAAUUAUGAUGCACAAUUUGGUCUUGAUUGGAAUAAAUUACUGAGUCCUGGGGAGCAACAAAAACUAUCAUUUGCCAGACUAUUCUUUUGGAAGCCAGUGUUUGCGGCACUCGAUGAAUCAACGUGUUUACUAGACUCCACCACUGAAUCGCGCUUCUUCGAGCUAUGCAAGGAGGAUGGCAUAACAUGCAUCACGGUGUCUCACAACAAGAACCUGUUAAAAUAUCAUGACAAAGUAUUACUAUUGGAUGGAAAAGGACAUUAUGCAACCAGUGAUAUUGAUAUCAACGGAUCAGGAGAUAUCGAACGAUGGAUUUCACAUCAAUUAUCCAAUGCAAAAUAA